CCACAAUACAUGCCAAUGUCGGACGGUGCUAGUAAUAAUAAAGACAUACCUGGGAUCGAGCUCGACCCGGAUUUGUAUGACCCUUCGCGAGAGGAAAUCGACUUCCUCAAGAGCCAAACAAAGAUCGAAGACGAAGAUGAGCUCAAGCAGCAUGUCCUCGAUGUCCAGAAGGAAGCCUGGUCAAUCGUCAAUUAUAGGUGUAUUCAAUCCUUCGGAUUCAUAACGCUGAAGAUAUCGCAUCUUCCGGCAUAUCAGGACCUUCUGAGGUUAGGAAAGCAGAGACAGGGCGCAAUCUUUCUGGAUUUCGCCUGUUGUUUUGGUAACGAUACGCGCAAAGUGAUUGCUGAUGGCUAUCCAGUGGAAAAUGUCAUUGCUUCUGAUUUAAAGAAAGAAUUUUGGGAAAUUGGACAUAAGUUAUUCAAGUCGGACCCAGGAUCAUUCCCGGUCCCGUGCAUACAAGGAGACAUAUUUGACCCUAAUCAUCUGGCACCUGCUCCACCUCAUUAUUCAACACCUACCACACCAC